AUGCUCGCCUUGGCCCUGAUGAACUUCCCAAAUUGGAAGUCAACACGGGGCCAAUUAGAGCCAAAAGAAUUCGCAUUUUUCACCAUCGAAAUUUUCAAAUCAACUAACAUGCAAUCAGUUACAUCAAUAGUUAAAGUAUCUAACUUCAUUCUUUCAAGACCAACUUUAGCUAAAGUUUUUGUUCCAGCUGCUAAAGCAUUUGCCAAAUACGCAGGUUAUAGAGAAAUGGGAUUAAAAUUCAACGAUUUAUUAUUAGAAGAAACACCAGUUAUGCAAAAAGCUAUCUCAAGAUUACCAGCCGAUUUAAGCUACUCAAGAGUGUACAGAUUGAUUACUGCCCAUCAAUUAUCAUUAUCCAAUGACUUAUUACCACCAAACAAAGCUGUCAAAGCUGAGGAAGAUGAUGAUUAUUUAAUUCCAUACAUUUUAGAAGCUGAAAAAGAAGCUUUUGAAAAAGCUGAAUUAGACAACAUCGAAGUAAAAACCAAAUAA